AUGUUCAUCUUAGCGCUGUUCUGCCUGCUGGCAGUGGGUAGCCAGGCGAAGCCGCUGCAGCCGGUCGUGGAGCCAGCCCAGCAUAUUGUCAUUGUGACGCCGCAGGCGCAGGUGCAUCUGGAGCCAGCGUUGCGUUACGUGCAUGGCCUGUCGCCGCUGGCGCGCGUCUCCGGACCGCAUCAUGAGGAGACCAUUGUCUAUGUGCCGGCUGGGGCAACGGCCUCUGUGGUGCCCACCGUCAGCGAUGCCGUGUCCACUGGCCGUGCCAGCAGCCGUUUUCCAGCGCAGGAGGCCAAGCAAUCCGAGGGUUUUCCCACGAACAUCAAUCAGAUCCAGCAACAGGUACAACAGGCCGUCGAGGUAGCAAGCGGUCAAUUCGGUGAGGCUGCCUCUGCAGCUGCUGCAGCCGGCGCUGGCUUCUUUCCCGGCUUCUUCCCGUCCUCCGAUGCGAGCAACAAGAACGAGGAGCUGCAGAAGCUGAAGAACGAGAAGAUCGAGCUGAUUGAAACGCCUGCCAAUACCCAACCACUGCUGGCUGCCACCGAGGCGCGUCAUUUCUACAGUCUGCCCCAGGUGUAUCACACUCCCGUCGUCGAUGUGGUGCAUGCUCCCGUCUAUUCGUGGCCGAUUUCAGCCAUACGCGCACGCAGCAUUCAAACCGAGGAUGCCCCCAUCCAAUCUCUGCAAGAGCUGCCCGAGGAGAAGCCAGCGGCCGAGCUGCCAGAGGCUCAGCCAUUGCUUAAGGAGCAGACGCAACCAGAGCAGUCGGAACAGCCAUUGGAGCAGCUGUCACAGACCAUCAUUCCUGCAGCCGUCGAGGCCAGUGAAUUGAAGGCUGAAAUCGCAGGACGUCAGCUGGAGGAGAGCAAUGCCAUCAAGCCGGAGCAGCCAAGCGCCGAGAUUGCCAAGGAGACCCUUAAGGAGGCCAUCAAGGAGGCCAUACAGGAAUCCAGGAAGGAGGCCAUCCAGGAAACCACCAAGGAGGCAAUCAAGGAAGCCGCUCAGGAGGCCAAGAAGGAAAUCAUUCUGGAGGCCAAAAAGGAAGCCAUCCAGGAGGCCAGAAAGGAAGCCAUCCAGGAAGCCAGAAAGGAAGCCAUCCAGGAAGCCGUCCAAGAGAUCAGAAAGGAAGCUGCCCAGGAGGCCAGAAAGGAAUCCACCCAGGAGGCCAGAAAGGAAGACAGUCUGGAGCCCCAUCUAGAGGCCCGAAAGGAGGCCAGCAGCGAGCCCAUCCAGGAGCUCAUCAAGGAGCCCUUCAAGGAGGCCCUCAAGGGUGCCAGCCUAGAGACCAUCAAGGAGCCCCUCAAGGAGGCCAGCAACGAGGCCGCCCAGCCAGAACCCAAACUGCAGGAGGAGCAGCCGCUGAUCAAGGCCAUUCCCGUUGCCGAUGCCGCGGCCUUGCCUGAACCGCAGCCGCAGUUGCAGUUGCAGUUGCAGGCACAGCCCGAGGCUCAGCCAGCCAUUGUACAGGCGCCAGAGGCCUAA